CGCUAACUCCUCUAUAACUUUCGCGGUGACGCGCAAUUUAAUAUAAUAUAGUGUACAGAGAUUUUUUUUAUUGGCGUUACAUCAUUACCGGUAGCCGCUUGGAGUGUGUAAUCUUAAGGUUUGUAACUUCAAAACUAAAACUAAACUGAAACUAAAAGUUAAAACCUGGUCCAAUGAUCUAUUAAAGAGAUACGACGUUUAAAAGUGAAAUCUUCUCUCUUGUAUAUAUGUUGAUUAUCAACGAUCUCGCCUUCAUACUUCUAAUUAUAUAUCAUUCAUAGCCUCAUUUUGUUUAGUCAUUUAAUUAUUUACUUAUUUAUUGAAUUGAUUCCUAUCGUCAUAUUUAUCAUUCAAUACAAGACACGGUUUUCAUUAUGAGAUUCGGAUCUAUUCUACUACGAAUGAUAACUAUAAUAUCAUUUAUAUCUACAACGCAUGGAUUGAUUCAUUUUUAUAGUGAAGCAGGUGAUCGUCACUGCUUUUAUAAAGAAUUAACUCAAGGAUCUUUAUUAAUUGGGAAAUUCAAAUUAGAAAUUAAAGAUGAAGAAUCUUCAAUAUAUUAUAGUCCAAGAGAUAAGAAUAAUAUUGGAGUUUUAAUUGAUGUUGAAGAAACUUUUGAUUCAAAUCAUCGAGUUGUUCAUCAAAGAGGUACUGCUAAUGGUCAAUUUACAUUUAUACCAUUAGAUACAGGAGAACAUCGAUUAUGUCUUACUCCAAAAUCAUUUUAUUCUCGAACUUGGUAUGGGAAGAAAAAACCAUAUUCUGAUAUAAAUGAAUUUACUAUAAUUGAUCUGAAAUUUAAAUCAUCAAGAAUUUCAAUUGAUCUUUUAAUUGCUGAUUCAAGUAUAAUUGAUUCAAGACGUACAAAUGAAGUUCAAUCACUUUCAAAACAAAUUAAUAAAUUAAAUGAUAAAUUAACUGAUAUAAAAAGAGAACAAAAAUUUAUUCGAGAGAAAGAAGCUGUAUUUCGAGAUUUAUCUGAACGUACUUGUGAAACUGUUGUUCGAUGGAUGAUUAUACAAGUUACAGUUAUACUUUUAGCAUGUCUCUAUCAAAUAUUUUCAUUACUGCAUUUCUUUGUGAAAAUAAAAAUUGCAUAAUCUAGUAUCCCAUAUAUUUGCUAUUACUAGAUACUUCUUAUAUAUAUAUCAUAUAUUUCAUAUAUUUCAUACAUAACUAAAGUUUAAGUUAUAUAGAUAGAUUUGAUUAUUUAAUCAUACUAGUUUAUUAUAGAAAUAAAUAUAUUUCGGUGAUU